UUCACGAUGGCCUCUGGAUAAAGGGGAGGGUGACAACGGCGCUGCAGUGACUGCAGGGGUCCUGCUGGUGCGGGCAGCGGUCGGCGGCUGGGCCUGCAGAUCUGGGCGGUGGGCUGCGAGGCAGUGCUCUGGGAGCCCUGCUUUUCUAACACGGAGGGGAGAUGGAGAGAAUUGAGGAGCAAGGCCCUGGAGGGAGGGGGAGCCCUGCAGGUAUGGGGACGCCCGAGGCCUCCCAUGAGGUGUAACCGGACCCCUGCGACCUAUCGGACACCGGGGUGUCUGUGGUCCUGACCCCCGGCCUGUUCCUCCACCUCCCGGGGCCCCGUCCUUUACAUAAGGCCGCAGGAAGCUGGGCCGUGGGCCAGGCCCAUGGCCAUGGCCUUCACGGAGCUGCUGGACAGCCUGGGUGGUGUGGGCCGCUUCCAGCUCGUCUACACGGCCCUGCUCCUGUUGCCCUGCAGCCUGCUGGCCUGUCACAACUUCCUGCAGAACUUCACGGCCGCCGUGCCCGGCCACCACUGCCGGGGCCCCGCCAACCACACCGCGGCCGCCGCCAACCACUCGGGGGCCUGGCUGAGGGCCACGGUACCCCUGGACCAGCUCGGGACCCCUGAGCCUUGCCAGCGCUUCACGGAGCCUCAGUGGGCCCUCCUGAGCCCCAACACCUCUGUCCGUGGGGCGGCCACGGAGGGCUGCAAGGACGGCUGGGUCUAUGAUCGCAGCAUUUUCCCGUCCACCAUCGUGAUGGAGUGGGAUCUGGUGUGUGAAGACCGCCCCCUCCGCGACCUGGCUCAGUCCAUCUACAUGGCCGGGGUGCUGGUGGGCGCCGCCGUGUUCGGCAGCCUCGCGGACAGGCUGGGCCGCAAGGGCCCCCUGGUCUGGUCCUACCUGCAGCUGGCAGUCUCGGGGGCCGCCACGGCCUACUUCGGCUCCUUCGGCGCCUACUGUGUCUUCCGGUUCCUGAUGGGCAUGACCUUCUCCGGCAUCAUCCUCAACUCCCUCUCCCUGGUCGUGGAGUGGAUGCCCACGCGGGGCCGGACCGUGGCGGGGGCGUUGCUGGGGUACUCCUUCACCCUGGGGCAACUCAUCCUGGCCGGAGUGGCAUACCUGAUCCGCCCCUGGCGGUGGCUGCAGUUUGCUGUCUCUGUUCCUUUCCUCAUCUUCUUCCUCUACUCGUGGUGGCUGCCGGAGUCGUCCCGCUGGCUCCUCCUCCAUGGCAGGUCACAGCUGGCUGUGCAGAACCUGCGGAAGGUGGCCGUUAUGAACGGGAGAGCGGAGGAGGGCGAGAGGCUCACCAAAGAGGUGGUGAGCUCUUACAUCCAGAGUGAGAUUGCGAAUGUCCGCACCUCCAACUCGGUCUUAGACCUCUUCCGAACCCCGGCCAUCCGAAAGGUCACAUGCUGUCUCAUGGUGGUCUGGUUCUCCAACUCCAUGGCUUACUACGGGCUGGCUAUGGACCUGCAGAAGUUUGGACUCAACGUCUACCUGGUGCAGGUCCUGUUCGGGGUCAUAGACAUCCCGGCCAUGCUGGUGGCCACCACCACCAUGAUAUACGUGGGCCGCCGGGCCACCGUGGCCUCCUUCCUCAUCCUGGCCGGGCUCAUGGUGAUCGUGAACAUGUUUGUGCCGGAAGAUAUGCAGACCCUGCGCACGGCCCAGGCGGCGCUAGGCAAAGGCUGCCUGGCCAGCUCCUUCAUCUGUGUGUACCUGUUCACGGGAGAGCUGUACCCCACAGAGAUCAGGCAGAUGGGGAUGGGCUUUGCCUCGGUCAAUGCCCGCUUUGGGGGUCUGGUUGCACCCCUGGUCACCACGCUCGGGGAGUUCAGCGCCAUCCUACCGCCCAUGAGCUUCGGGACCACUUCGAUCCUGGCCGGGCUGGCCGUCUGCUUCCUGGCUGAGACCCGCAACGCGCCCCUGGUGGAGACCAUCGAGGCCAUGGAGAGGAGAGUCAAAGGAGGUCUUUCCAAGAAGGAGGCAGAAGGGAAGAGGGAAGAAAUUUCUCUCCAGCAGCUGGGAUCUUCUCCCCUCAAAGAAACCAUCUAAGCUGCCACAAACCUGGUUCUUGCUGGUGGCACCUGAUCUGGUGUCCCGACACCCCUGGGGUUUUUCCUGAUACUGAUGGGGGUGAGGUGGGUCAAGGGCGGCGGUGGCUCUUUGAGUCCAUGACAAAAAGAGCUACCCACAAACCAGGGCUAUGGUUACCGGAAGAAAACUGACCGCCAGCAGCCAGUUGGUGGUCAAAUGUGUAGAAAGUCAAGAGAAACCAUGUCCAGGGACCAAAGGAGGACCUCUUUCCCUUUCCCAUCCCCGAUCCUGCCCCCUUAAAACCUUUGUUCAUUCUUGUUCCACCUCCAAACAUUGUGUCAUUGCAAGGUUAGGGUGGCUGACAUUUGUGCCCCUGGUUGUCCUGGGACAGCCCCACCCAGCUUGUCCUUGAGAACUCAUUCUGCUGCACCCCUUGGCAUUUACUCCGUCUUGCUGUAUACACAAUUAAAGCUCUCUUCCCCUAGUUGUGUAUGACUUACCUUCUCAACUAGCAAAUGUGGGAUUUGCACAUGGCACGUGCUUAGUAAGUAGUUGGUAAAUAUGUGAUGAAGCCAGACUCAGGCAUUGGAUGGAGACCUCUGCCCCUCACUGGCAUUCCUGGCAAUACCCCCUUGCAGAAAUGAAAUGGGGUGUGGCUUGGUUCUCCAAACGUCUCACAGAGAGACGAGUUCCUGGUGUCCCUCUGACCUCAGAUGCUUUUCCAGCCCGGGUGUUGGACAUGUGCCUGCAUCCCUGACCUUGACCCUCCCUAUAAUUCAGAUUAGAUUCAUGAGGAAUUCAAAUCCUGGCUCACUGAGUUGUCUUGAGCAAAUUUCCUUGUCUGAGCCCUUCCUCCUGGAAUUGUCAGAGAAUCAAUGAGAUCAGUGCUGCACCCCUAAAGCUCAAGAAAAAAGCACAAUCUGGGAAAAAAAGUAAGAAAUCACAGUGUGGGCAGGAAUCAUUGCAAUAUGUCAUUUUUGGAGAAUUCUCCAAAAAGCUGUCCCAAGGCAUGAGCCUUGGUGCACCAAAUCCUCAGUCCUCCCAUAGACUGAACCUCUCAUUCGGCGAUCUUUUAUGUGAGCUUCCUAUUUGAGUUGUUCUCAACCCACAGCCCUCAGCAGAUCCGUGAAUUUGAAAGGCAGAGUGCUGCUGUCAUACUUUAAGAUUCACCCUGCGAGGGGUUCCUGGGUGGCGCAGUCGUUAAGAGUCU